UCCAGACCUCUUUCUCACGCGCACACCACAUUCAACAACACAAAGAGAGAGAGAGAGAGAGGCAAUCUCCGGUGUUACCCUUACCCUUUUCCCUACUUGUACUACAUGGGCGUUCCAUUCUACCUCUGUGCAUCUCGCUUUUUCCUCAAACCCUAGAAAUUACUGAGAAAAAGCGCUCUCUCUCUCUCUCUCUCUCUCUCUCUCUCUCUCUCCUAUCUACCCACGUCAAUCUUCUACUUUUUGUCUUUCUUUGUGUUUGAUUACCAUCCCCUGUUUAUUAAUCAUCCUGCAUAGAUCUCUUUCUCCCCCUUGUUCCCCAUGAGCAAAAUAUAGUCAAAAUACCACUAGCAUUAUCUUCUGGUUGAGACAUAAGGAAAUGCGAACUACUCGGGAGGCAAAUUAUUUGCCUAGAAUUGUCAUUGCGGGUGGAACAGCAGUGAAGUGAACCAACUAGGACUCUGACAAUACAGACACACACACACACACAUACAAGAGAUUGAAGAAAUGGGGUCGGAGCAGAAUAGGUUUCCGCAGCAUCAGGAGCCAGCACCACCCCGGCGGAAGGGGUGGGGAGGAUGCUGGGGUGGAAUGUCUUGUUUCGGCUCACAAAAAGGUGGAAAGCGGAUUGUACCUGCAUCUCGUAUUCCAGAGGCCAAUUCAUUGGGAAAUGCACCAAAUGGACCUCAAAACGUCAGGAUGACCAACCAGGCUUCAACUAUAGCACCUUCUCUUCUAGCUCCACCAUCCUCACCUGCAUCCUUCUCAAAUUCCGCCCUUCCUUCGACAGCCCAGUCACCCAGCUGUUUCUUGUCAUCAUUGUCUGCCAAUUCCCAUGAGGAGGGGGGUCCGUCAUCCACUAUGUAUGCCACAGGGCCAUAUGCACAUGAGACGCAACUCGUAUCUCCUCCUGUUUUCUCAACCUUCACCACCGAGCCAUCAACUGCUCCUCUCACCCCACCACCAGAGUUGGCUCACCUAACCACUCCGUCCUCUCCCGAUGUUCCUUUUGCUCAGUUCCUUUCAUCAGCCGUGGAUCUUAAAGGCACUGAAAAGACCAACAAUUACAUCACUGCUUCCAAUGAUCUUCAAGCAACAUAUUCCCUUUAUCCUGGGAGUCCUGCCAGUAGUUUCAUAUCGCAUGUUUCAAGGACCUCAGGUGACUGCUUAUCAUCAUCUUUUCCUGAGCGUGAUUUCCCUCCUCAAUGGGAUCCUUCAAUUCCUAGACCUCAAGACACAAGAUACCUAAAGUCCGAGUCAGGCAGGCUUACUGGGCUUCAUACAUCUAGUGCCUCCAAGUUGUCUCAAGAUUCCAAUUUUUUCUGCCCAGCUACAUUUGCGCAAUUCUAUCUGGACCAAAAUCCCUUACCUCAUUCUGGCGGGAGGUUAAGUGUGUCUAAGGAAUCAGAUGUUCACUCCAGUGGUGGCGGUGGCCAUCAGAACAGGCAGAAUAAAACUUGCAAACAAGAUGUGGAAGAAAUAGAAGCGUACAGAGCAUCCUUUGGGUUCAGUGCAGAUGAAAUAAUCACUACAGCCCAAUAUGUGGAGAUUUCUGAUGUAUUGGAUGACUCCUUUAGCAUGACACCUUUUACUGCCAAUAAGCUGCAUAUGGAAGAAAGUAUGUUGCCUCCCCCAACUAAUAGAGGACAAAUAGCAGAGGAAACACACACGAAUUUUCCGAGUCCCAAGAACCACUCAUCAGAAUUAAAAGAUGUUUAUGGGGUUGUAGGCAGAGAAGUGCCAGCUUCAGGCAAUAAUUCUCAAGGCCAUAUAUUACGAAAGCGACCUGGUGAUGUCUUUGGGCGAAGUUUAGCUGGUAACCAUAUCUUGAGCGAUGACGAUGACAUAUUUUCUAGGAUGGGCACUUCAAAAAUUAGCAGGAAAUAUCAUCAAGGGUUAUCAAGCUCUGAUGCAGAAAUUGACUACAGGAGAGGGAGAAGUUUGAGAGACGGCAAAGGAGACUUUGCAUGGCAGGACUAGUCGCUAGUUGUUUCUCAUGUGUUAACUUGCAGGUAUUUUGGUUCGUCUGUAUCUUGGGGGUUUCUGUUUAGGUGAUUGACCUGCUCUCUCUCUCUCUCUCUCUCUCUCUCUCUCUCUCUGUCGUGUGAGAUCGCUGUUUAUGAUUGAUGAAUGUAAUCCAUUUCUCUGUUAUAUAUUUCUCAGUAAUGUAUGUGAUGUUCUCCGAAUAAUAUUAUUAUUAGUAUCUAAGAUUCGUUGCAUUGGCAAAA